AAUUUCUAAGUUUAUAGGCGAAAGAAUACCAAACGGCUUGUGGUUGCUAUGGAAAAUGUCUACAGCAACAGUCCCUCUGGGGGUGGAGACUAAGGCCGCCAUUCAUCACGAAAGAUGACGGACAGCUGUAUAAACCAAUCCACGGUCGUCACAUAUGACGGUGGCCAAUGAAAAUGCAAAAAAUUGUAGCUGUAGUUAGAUAGAGGGCGCAAGGGCAGCAGCAGGUAAUAGAAUUUCUGUGAGACCAGACAGCACCGCAAAAGACUAGCUAAUGAGCCAGCAUGAGGUGGCAGUCAUUCUACUAACAUGGACAAGUACGAAAGGGUGAAGAAAAUUGGGGAAGGUUCAUUUGGAAAGGCCAUCCUUGUAAAAUCCAAAGAGGAUGGACAUCAAUAUGUCAUUAAGGAGAUUGGCAUAUCUGGAAUGUCAAGUAGAGAGAGGCAGGAAUCUCGGAAAGAAGUUGCCGUUCUUGCUAACAUGAGUCAUCCAAACGUUGUGCAGUACAAGGAGUCUUUUGAAGAGGGGGGCUGCCUAUAUAUUGUAAUGGACUACUGUGAGGGCGGAGACCUUUUCAAGAAGAUCAACUCCCAGAAAGGAGUACUUUUUUCAGAAGAGCAAAUCCUGGAUUGGUUUGUACAAAUUUGCCUGGCACUAAAGCAUGUCCAUGACAGAAAAAUUCUCCACAGGGACAUCAAAUCACAGAACAUCUUUUUGACAAAAGAUGGGACUGUGCAGCUUGGUGAUUUCGGGAUUGCAAGGGUAUUAAACAGCACUGUAGAACUGGCAAGAACAUGCAUUGGAACACCAUAUUACCUGUCACCAGAGAUCUGCGAAAAUAAACCAUACAACAACAAAAGUGAUAUUUGGGCCUUAGGCUGUGUCCUGUAUGAAAUGUGCACUCUUAAGCAUGCAUUUGAAGCUGGCAAUAUGAAGAACCUAGUUCUGAAGAUCAUACGAGGCUCCUACCCUCCAGUGUCUGUACACUACUCUGCAGAACUACGUUCUCUCUUGGCACAACUGUUUAAACGCAACCCCAGAGAGAGGCCCUCAGUCAGUAGUAUACUGGACAAACCCUUCCUCUCCUGUAGGAUACAGAGGUUCCUCACACCACAGAUUAUUGCUCAGGAAUUCCGCCAUGCUUUCCUUCACAAGCAGCCUAAAGUGGGUGUGGUGCAGGGGUCACCAGCCAAGCGUCCUGCCCCUGGUUCCAUACCACUUGCCCCAGCCCAGAAGAUAACAAAACCAGCCACCAAAUACGGAGUGCCUUUAACUGUGAGGAAGGUGUCAGACACAGCCAAAAAACCUGCAGAGAGGAAACCGGCAAUUAAACAUAAACUGGCCCCUCUCCCAGCAGCCCCCCAGAGAAGAGUGAGUCAAGUGGAGGAAGAGAGGAAAAAACAAGAGGAUGGUGUCAGAAAGAAGAAGAUGGAGCUGAUUGAGAAAGAAAGGAAACAGAGAGAGCAGAUGUUCCUGUUGAAAGCAGAGCAAAUGAAGAGAUAUGAAAAGGAAAAGAUUAAUCGAAUAAACCAAGCCAGAGAGCAAGGCUGGAAGCAUGUCUUGAGUUCUAGUGGAGGUAGUAGCCCAGAGAGGAAGGGUUUUGUAGGUGGUGGGAAGAGGGCUACAGGUGUUGGCCCUUAUCCUGCCCCAAGCUCCAUUCAGGGUCCUACUCCAUCCCCUGUCCUAAGCAAAAGGCCAUAUGAGCACUACCAUGCAGUUCUUGACCAAAUGACUAAACCACAGUCCAAAGAUGUCAGCAGGGAGGGAUUUUCAGCAGGAGCAGGCGGUCCCAUUCGAAGUGUACCGGCUGCUGCUGGCCCAGUGCUACCCAACGGCCCUGCCCGAGUCUUAAACCCUGAUGUAAUCAAGAGGGAACUACAGAGGCUGCAGCACGUUUCAAGACAAGCCCACAUCAGUAGGCAGCGUGGUCACAUGGGUGGUGAACGGGCCUAUCAGGUUGAGGAGUUUUUACAGCGUAAGAGAGAAGCCAUGCUCAACAAAGUCCGUGCUGAGGGACAGCUGGGUACUCGCCAAAACUUGACAGCAAUCUAUGGAAGCCGGACUGGUUCGAUUCGGUGCAGGAGACCCAAAGCCAACAAAGAGGAGGAGGAAUACUUGGCAAGACUGAGGCAGAUCCGCUUGCAGAACUUCAACGAGCGUCAACAGAUCAAAGCCCGACUCAGAGGAGAGAAGUAUGACAGUGAUGGUUCUGACAGCCAGGAGUCCAGUGAGGAGGCAGAGCUCAGGAGAAAGAAGAUAGAGGCUUUAAAAGCCCAAGCAAAUGCCCGUGCUGCUGUACUGAAAGAGCAGCUAGAGAAGAAGAGGAGAGAAGCACAUGACAGAGAAAAGAGAGCUUGGGAGGACCAUCUUGCAGCUCGUGGGGUGAAGGUUGGCAUAGCAGCAGGAAACAUAGCAGCGGCAGCAGUAGCAGUAUCAACUACCUCUGACAGUCCUCUUCCACAACCCAGUCCCUCUCAGCCAGACCCAGCUGCCAAAGCUCUAGCCCUGCCUGCAUCCGAACCCUCCACCCCUGCUAUAUCCAUGACUGCUGCCCUGAAGAAUGUUGGAGCUAUUACUUCACUAAAAGAAAACCUGCCCGAGCCAGAGACUGCUGUCGGCAUCCAGUGUGAGAAAAAGCAGAUUCUGCGCAGACUUAACCAGAACCUAAAAGCCCAGAGCCCAGUGGAGGAGGUGGAGGAAUCAUCUCCACCCGCUGCAGAGCCAAGUCCUGCUCCCCAGCAGAACCAGUCUGACGCAGAGAAACGUCCCUCUUCAAACGGAGACCGCAAGAAGUGGGAAGCAGCAGAACUGCCUGUACUUCCUGUGGCACAGCACACCUUAGAGGAAUCUUGUGUGACUACAUCUACCAUCUCAGUGUCUCCAGAAGAAAGGCCGUCAUCUGGUGGAGACAGGAAGAAGUGGGAGGCAGGAGUUCCUCUUGUCCUCUCUGUAGCCCAACAAACUCUAGAGGACUCAUGCAUCAGGACUAUUGAGCAAACAGUGGGUGAAGUUAUACAGAUGGACGUGCUACAGGUAGAAGCUCCUAGGAAGGUGUGGGGAGUGAGUCCAGACUCUCAGGUGCUGAAAGUACUUCAGGAGGCAGAGGUUCAGCCUCUCACCCAGCAGCUGGAGAAUGUCAGCAUCUGUGAGGAGUUUUCCAGCCCUGAUAAGCCAAACCAGACGGCAGCGGCAGAGGUGGUGAAGCCUCAAGAAGAACUGACCUCUAAGGCCAGUCUGUCAGCUGUGUUUCAGAGCCCAGAGGUUCAGAAGGACAGUGCAGCCACAACAGAGGCCUCACCCAACCUUACUGAGACUCAGGAUCCAUCAGACUUGGAGUCAGUGGUUUUGGAAGAGAGCCCUAAACAGGCUUCACAUCUGCCAGCUGCUGUGCAGCAGGCAUGGGAGACGGAAGCCCAACAGCCAAUGCCACCAGAGGGCGUUACAAGACCAUCAGGCACCAAGGAGGUUGAGAAAAGUGCAGAGAAACCAACAGAACCAUCUGGUGUAGCACAGUACGAGGAGUCCCUGUUUAUGAAGUUGUGUUCCCCAGCCCACCGACGCACUGCUGCCCUUGCGAUCCUCUCAGCCCAGUCCUCUAUGGAUGAAUCAUCCUCCUCUCUGGCCUCUCGCUCGCGCUCUGUCUCACCUCUGCGCUCCAAACACCACAACGCCCUCCUCAUUGGUCUCUCCACAGGCAUGUUUGACGCCAACAAUCCCAAGAUGCUGCGGACAUGCUCUCUUCCAGACCUCAGUCGUCUCUUCAGCUCUCUGCAGGACUCUGCAGGGACUGCUGAGGCUAAUGUCGCCCCAGACAACAACCUGGAAAUCGAGGACCUGGAUGAGGCAGCUAAAGAUGACGACCAGUCGGAGGCUGAGGACGCAUAUGAGGAUGAAGACCUCCGGGACAUCAGGGCCUCCAUGGAGAGAUUGCUGCAAGAAGAGGGCGACUUAAUGAGGAGCCCUCCAGAGGAUGGAGCUGGAGACUUUAAUGGGAACCCUCCAGAGGGCGAAGAUCAAGAGCUUUUCAACAGGAUAGCAGCUGAGAUUGAGCAGGACAACAAUCAGAUGGCUGUAGAUGAUGAUGACGAUGAUGAUGAUGAAGAUGAGGAGGAGGAGGAGGAAGAGGGUGAGGAGGAGGAGGAGGAGGAGGAGGAAGAGGAGGAGGAGGAUGAGGAAUGCUCUAAUGGGAGUCCUGGUGAUGAGGAAGCGGGGGAGUUGCUUACCAAUGGUGUGGGAGAAGAGAACCACAGUAAUAACAGCCAGCUCAAUGAAGAGUGGCAUUCAGAUGGUAGUGGAGAGGACCAGGGGGGAGAGGCUGAGCAUCACGACAGCAUCUUCAGUCGUCUGGAAGAGCUUCGCUUCAACCUGGAACAGCAGAUGGGCUUUGAGAAGUUCAUUGAAGCCUACAAUAAAAUUAAGGCUAUACAUGAAGAUGAAGAUGAGAAUAUUGACCUGGGCUCCAGUUUUGUCUUAAACAUUUUGGGAACUGAGCACCAGCAUCUUUAUCCCAACAUCCUUCAUCUAGUGAUGGCAGAUGGUGCAUACCAAGAAGAUAAUGAUGAAUAAUGUUUUGUGAAAUGGAGCUGCUGGCAGCUAUGACAAUCUGCUAGCUAUCUGAUGUCUUCCCAUGACGCACAUCAUUGGCAGAAGGAUCUAUGCAUGAAGUGUCACAGCCAUGCAUCUAACAGUGUUUCAGGCACACUUGCAUGAUGAAUAACUAGUACACUCGAGGCUGCUUUUCAUACGUUGACUAUCAGCACCUGACACUAUUUUUCUUACCAGUGUUCAUUCAAAAGUGCAUUACCACGUACAUGUUCGUAUUAAAAAAAAGUUAACUUCAAGGUUCUGUUAAAUGUUCAUGAAUGUCAGUGUCUGUAAUUGAACGAAAACACAUGUAUUGUCACACUGAUUGAUAGCAUAAACCCUGGUGUGGUUCACUUAGACUCCACAGUGGCAUUUAAUGUAGUGGGCAAAGAUCUGGUCCUCUCAGGUGCUCUCUUUCUAACUGUCACACACUCAACUAGCUUCAAGACAUAAACCAGGUCACUAUCAAAACAAUUGUACCAUGGUUACUCAUAACCAGUUGAACCUCCUUUUUCUUACAACUCUUUUCACCAAACAGGAAGUUAAAUAUUAUCUAAAGCAUUUUCCACAUUUCUUACUGUUUCAGUUAACCCAAAGUGAUGUUUGUGAGGCUGCUUUAUGUUGCCAAGAUACUGUAGCAAGACUGUGGCAUGAGAGUGGUGGGCAGGAUGCAGUGGGCCAUGUCAGAUUGAUGUUCAGUGCAGCGAGUUGUACUGAUGAUGUAAGCAAUGGUAUAGAUGUUAACAAUAAGUCUUAUUUGAUAAUAAAAUAAAUAUUGUAAAUCUUUAUAUGAAUAAACACUUUUUUUAAGAACCUGA